UUUAAUGUAUUUUUAGUAUGUGCUUUAUUCAAGUUUUUAAUUAAAGUAAUACUAUUAUUUUUGGCCCGUAGAAAGUGUUUAUAAAAGCUGUGUCCAUACAUACAGGAUACUGGGUUUAAAUUCUCUAAAGUUCCAGUGUAUAAUCAGACAGGAUAAGAGGUUUAGGUAAAGGUGGGGAAUAUAAGGAUGUUGUAUGUGAAUAGAUUGUAAAGCCCUCUGAGGCAAAAUAGUAUUUUGUGAUUUUGGGCUCAACAAAAUAAACUGAAUUUAAUUGAAUAAAGUUCCAGUACAUAAUCAGAAAGGAUAAAGUGUUGAAGUAAAGGUGAGUAGUAUAAAGUUCCAUUAUGUAAUCUUAUAAAUAGAAGUGGGGAAUACAAAGUUUGAGUAUGUAAUCUUAUAAAUAAAAGUGGGUCAUAUAAAGUUUCAUUAUGUAAUCUUAUAAAUAAAAGUGGGUCAUCUAACGUUCCAGUAUGUAAUUUUAAAUAAAAGCGGGGAAUAUAAAGUUCCAGUAUGUAAUCAGACAGGAUAACGGGUUUAAGUAAAGGUGGGGAAUAUAAAGUUCCAGUAUAUAUAUCCCGCUGUUACUAUAAAUGGCCAGGACGGCAGAGGUCUGCUCGGAUCAGACCACUGCGGCCAGAGGGAGGGGUGCGGUCCAGCGAACUCGCUCGGCUCGUUGUUAGCGGGUCGUAAACCCAGUCUCCCCCGAGUGCCCGUUCACGUGAAACAGCCCGUGAGAUGUCCGUCACGCCGUGUUUUCGUCCCGUCCGCGUGUCUGUGGUGGUUUCUCCAGACAAGCCAGCGCCGCCCCCCCGCCCCGCGCAGAUGGUACGGUCCAUGCAGGGUGGGGGCGCUGUGUGGGAGAGCGGCACAGAUUCCGUCUCACGGAGCAGCUCGGAACGGGAACCGGGCGACGAACAAGAGUGAAGGGUUCCACCUUGAAGGAAUAAAACACCUCCCGCUAUUGUGAGAAGGACGCGCGAAGAGGAGCCUUUGAAUGUGAGGGAGGGAAGGCGGAGAGAAGAAGAAAAGAGAGGAAGGAAGAAAGGGAAGAGAGGAGGAUCAAAGGCGAAGCCAGGAACUCCGCCGGAUCUGCUUCUUUACUUUGGAGACCCACGUUGGGUUCGUUGCUGUUCACACCUUGUUUGUGUUGUUGUUGUUGUUGUUUUAUUUGACUCGACUCCUUCCUGGAUCGAGCUCCGGUAAACAGAAGACACUGUUUGGAAGUACAAUGCAGGCCGCCGGUGUGGUUCUUCAACACGGAGACGCAUUUGGCAUCUAACCCACCCCCGGAUCUAAGCCUGCCCCCCCCACACACUCCCUCCUCCCUCCAGCUGUGAGGGCCACCCCCCGGAUCUCAGCAGUGUCCCGGUAAUGGUACGCACCGUAGCCGGCCCGUGAGAGUGGACCUCCGGCGAGCCAACCCGCCGCAGUGGGCUGUUUGUUGACCCGCGUUGGACUGCUUUCUGCCGGACCCGUCCCGCGCAGUAUAUGGGGGUUCCCUCACGGUCUGGUCCCGCGCAGUGUACGGGGGUUCCCUUCGUGUCUGGUCCCGCGCAGUGUAUGGGGGUUCCCUUCGUGUCUGGCUUUAGUACACCGGGCUCCACUCGCCCUGGCAGAGGCCAGCCUCCUGCUGCUGUCGGCGGGUGAAGAGGGAGCGGAGGCUUCGCGGAGGCUUCGCGGAGGCUCUGGCUGGCUGUGCGCAGGCCCUGUGACAUUUCCAGCGGAGGGCUGUGCGCGCGCGUGACCGUGCGUGCGCGCGCGUGUGUUGUGUGCGUGUGUCACUGGGAUUAAUCCGAGUGGUCGCAUCACUCCCCACUCCAGUAGAAAGCGCCAGUAAGUGGAGCUAUUCUUAGCGGUGAGGGAUGGGGUAAAAGCAGGCGGCUGGAAACCCAACUCCCCCUCCUCCUCCUCCACCUCCUCCUCCUCCUCCUCCUCCUCUUCCACCCCUCCUGUCACCUGCUCGGCCCACCUGCACCAUGCCGGGCCAGCCUGGUUAGCACUCUUGACUUGCAAGCUAGUUCCUGUGUUUUUCUUCUUCUUUUUUUCCCAAGUAGAAGUGGAAUAAUAACAACAACUGGAUGAACUAUAUUUGAUCCGUCAUGCUGACCGUGGAGUCUUAUUGACUCGGGAAUAUACUUCGCCGUCCUGUACUGUGCCGGUGACGGCUGCACACUGGACUCGCCGGUACCGGAUUACUACCAAGAUGUCUGAAGAACUAUUAGCUGUGUGCUUUUGGGUCAACCUGCCCUGGACUAAGUGAAGCUGUCACAAGCAAAGCAGAGUCUCUGCUCCUCUUCCUCAGAGUAACCGCUCAUUACCAUAUUGUAAAAGAAGAGACUUAGUUAAAAAUAUACGCCACCAGCACACAGAAAGAAUGCAUGAAACUGCCGAAAACAACGAAAAAACAAAAAAGCUAACCUGACUAACCAAAUAUUUCCCCAGACCCACAGAAAAAAAAGAAUAUAUAUGUAGAAUGACAGAUCUAUAUCUAUAGUGUAACUCCACAGAUGAGAUUACUUCCUUUUAUAUUUUUACUUCAGAGAGACGAGCUGCCUGUUCACCAGUUGGUUGCCUUAGAAACCACAGUCACAAAAACGAACAAAGGAAACAACAGAAGAAGAAUAAGAAGAAGAAGGUGCCUUUUGAUUGGUCGGUCGGUUUCCCACCAUUUCAAGAUUCAUUGAUUUCAGUUGGAUGUAAAAUGUUAAAAAGUGAACUCUGGGAUUGAAAAGCGCGUCUCGCGCGAGACCAAGAAAAAGCUCCCUUCACAAGCCCCGCCCACCCCGUCAAAGCGUUUUCAUUGACAGUGUUUCCCCGCUGGAUUUGAUAAGUCGCCGAGCACUUCCAUGGUGAUCACGUCCUCAUCCGUGGAGGACAAGACGGUUCCCUCUUGCAGGAUGGUCCAAACAGAACCCUGGAUCUCCACUGCCCUGCUGCGCAAGAACAAGAGUGUAAGCAGCUCAGGAUGUCCGCCCACCUCCUCCUCCUCCUCCUCCUCCUCCUCCUCCUCCACUGCCCAGGGCUUCUCCCUCGCUGAGCCAGCCAUGACCAGCCAGCACACACAUACACACCCCUCCUUCAGCUCCAUCCACUCCAUGGCCGAGCAGCAGCAGGUGCUGUCUGAUAUGACCAUACUCCAGCGGAGGAUCCCCCCCAGUUUCAGAGACCCUGCCAGCGCCCCACUGAGGAAACUCUCUGUUGACCUCAUCAAAACUUACAAGCACAUCAAUGAGGUGUACUAUACUAAGAAGAAGCGACGGGCCCAGCAGGUCCCUCCGGAGGACAGCAGCACCAAGAAGGAGAGGAAGGUCUACAACGACGGCUACGACGACGACAACUACGACUACAUCGUCAAGAACGGAGAAAAGUGGCUGGACCGCUAUGAGAUAGACUCGCUGAUCGGGAAGGGCUCCUUCGGACAGGUGGUGAAGGCCUACGACCACCACGAGCAGGAAUGGGUCGCCAUCAAGAUCAUCAAGAACAAGAAGGCCUUUCUCAACCAGGCACAGAUCGAACUGCGCCUGCUGGAGCUCAUGAACAAGCAUGACACGGAGAUGAAAUAUUACAUAGUCCACCUGAAGCGUCACUUUAUGUUUAGGAACCAUCUCUGUUUGGUGUUUGAGUUGUUGAGCUACAACCUGUACGAUCUGCUGAGAAACACCAACUUCAGAGGAGUCUCCCUCAACCUCACCAGGAAGUUUGCACAGCAGCUCUGUACAGCGUUAUUAUUCCUGGCCACUCCAGAGCUGUCAAUCAUCCACUGCGACCUGAAACCAGAGAACAUCCUGCUGUGUAACCCCAAGAGGUCGGCCAUCAAGAUCGUCGACUUCGGGUCCUCCUGCCAGCUGGGACAGAGGAUCUACCAGUACAUCCAGAGCCGGUUCUACCGCUCCCCCGAGGUGCUGCUGGGAAUGCCCUACGACCUGGCCAUCGACAUGUGGUCCCUGGGCUGCAUCCUGGUGGAGAUGCACACCGGGGAGCCUCUCUUCAGCGGCUCCAACGAGGUGGACCAGAUGAAUAAGAUUGUGGAGGUUCUGGGGGUCCCGCCCAGCCACAUGCUGGACGCAGCUCCGAAAGCCAGGAAGUAUUUUGACAAGCUGUCAGACGGUCUGUGGACGGUGAAGAAGAACAAGGACGUCAAGAAGGAGUACAAGCCCCCGGCCACACGGCGUCUCCACGAGAUCUUGGGCGUAGAGACCGGGGGUCCGGGGGGGCGGCGAACGGGAGAGCCAGGCCACGCCCCCUGUGACUACCUGAAGUUCAAAGACCUGAUCCUGCGCAUGUUGGACUACGACCCCAAAAGCCGCAUCACGCCAUUCUACGCCCUGCAGCACAACUUCUUCAAGAAGACGACAGAUGAAGGAACCAACACCAGUUCAUCCACAUCCACCUCUCCUGCCAUGGACCACUCCCAUUCGACCUCCACCACUAGCUCUGUUUCUAGCUCUGGUGGCUCCAGUGGUUCUUCCAAUGACAACCGCAACUACCGCUACAGCAACCGCUACUACAACUCUGCUGUGACACAUUCAGACUACGAGAUGACCAGCCCUCAGGCUCCCUCCCAGCAGCAGAUGAGGAUGUGGCCAGGCAGUGAUGGUGGAGGUGGGGGUCAGGACCCAGCAUACACCCAGUUGCUGCUUCACAAGCCGGCCGCCUCCCAACAGCACCAGCGCCACUUCCUGGACCCUCCCCACCACCCACACCCGACCUACUCCCAACACGGGAACGGCGGGCGCGGCCUGCGGCAGAGCGGGCAGACGGGCAUCGGCAUCGGCGGCGGCGGGGGGGGAGGGGGGCAGCAGGGCUCCUCGCCCCAGAUGGGUGACAGCAUGGAUGUGGGCGUGUCCCUGGGGCUGCACCACCUGGGGGCGGUGUCUUCCAUGGAGGCGUCUCAGUUCGGCUCGGCGUCCCUGCCCCUCGCGCUGCCAAUCGGACUGUCGGCCUUCCGGACUCGGACGGCGCCCACCGCCCCGGGGCCGCAAGCCCCGCCCCCCGAGGACUACUACCCCGCCUCCAACAACAAUAACCCCGCCGCGGGGGGCAGAGGGAGGCCGGACUCGGACGAGGGGCCCGCCAACUCUUGAUAAAACCUGAACCAUGCCCUAAAGCCAUACAAUUUUAACUACAACUACUACAACUACACACACACAGCCAGAGGUCAGAGACAAAGAGGUGAACUUUGUGCUGGAGGAGACAGUUUGUACUGCAUGAGAGGAGGAGGAGGAGGAGGAGGAGGGAGAUGAUGUUGGGGAAAACUCUCCCUUUUUAUCCCGUUUUUAGUUUGUUGUCCUUCUGUUGCGACUGUACUUGGAAAGGAAUGAUUGUGACGAGUUUUGUUUUUAUUAAUAUUAUUAUUAUUGUUGUUUAAUAUUAUUUGAUUUUUCUCUCGGGUU